UUCGCCCGCGCGCCCGCCAGCAUGGACGAUGGAGGUCGUGCGUUUCAUGCAGGCCAUGCAGGCCACUCCGCUUCUCUGCAGCAGCUGCUCUCUUCGCUGCCGUCUGUGAGCCCGAGGACCAGUUCGCUCAACUUCAAGAAUGCACAAAACUCCCGGUCCGUCGCAUCCUUUUCCUCCUCCUCGCCGCCGCCGCCAUUGCUUCGUCCGCGUGCCAGCAGGGGCACCGAAGGUCACUACUCCAUGCGUCCACGCGCGCCCGACCCUCGCGAUGCUCGCGACCUCCUCAAUCCCGCCGAGGAGUCGCCCGAGGACAUCCGCCAUUCCCACGGCCUGAGCUGGUCCAGCGUCACCCACGACGACGUCGUCGACAACCUGCUGUUCUCGCUCGACAACUUCUCGCGCGGCCACGUCGCGCCCGAGCCGCGCGACUGGCGCUCCGAUUCGCAGCAGGACGAGUUCCUCAACUCCCUCACCGCCCGCUCCGUCCGGCCGAUGGAGGCCACCGCCCACCGCCCUCGCCGCGGCACCCAAUCCUCGAGCACGUCGUUCGACGUCGAACGCGCCCCGAUCGAAUCGCCUCACAGCAGGAUCUCCACCACGAGCCCGGGUCGGCGGAGCAAUAGCAGCGCGGCGCAAUACCCCCCGCGGAGCAUCAAUUCCCGUUUCAGGUCGAUGCGCGCAUAUGGGACAUCGCGGACCAGCCUGGACGGGCCAGGACACACGAACAAGCACAGCGACGCCAGCAGUGCGGAUUUCUACUACGGACCUCCCCUGGACAGCGCCCGACUGGCCUGGACGAAUCCGGCGGGGCGUUCGUUCAGCAUGGAUAACAUGCAGGCCGAAUCUCGUGGCGACCUGUCAUCCAGCCUGCACGACCGGAGCCGCGCGGUGGCUGCCAUGGGCGGCAGGUACGACCCCGACGCUGACGCAGCACCUGAACCCAUUGUCGCAGCUGGACCGCGCAGAAUGCAGAACCCAACGGCCACCGGCCCCGUCUACGUGAACCCCGCACCCCUGCGAAACAAGUCCAGCGCGCUUCGCAAGGUCACCCCCCAACCGGACACGCGUUCCACGGGUCAUUUAUCGCCGUCGAUUCCCAUCCCAGAGGAGAUCCGCUCCCAGGCUGCAGAUUUCGUCAGGACCAGCUCUGUCUCGGGCGGAUCGCGAGCCGCGCUUCCGUCGACCAGCCACGGGGAAGCCGCGCCGAGUCCUGAUGUACGAAGGUGGGAGGCCUCACCACCACCAGCAGCAGCAGCACCAGCAGCAGCAGCAGCAGCAGCACCGGUCGUCGUGCCUGAGAAGCAGGGGUUUUUCAAGCGCGUCUUCGGUGGAGGUGCCGCCGCCCGCACCGCUCCCCCCACCCACCAAUCUGAGCGACCCACCACGAAACCCAACGUCGCAGACGUGGCGGCGGAAUCGAUGCCACCGCCGCCGACGCCGCCUACGACCCAGCCGCUCGCGCGCUCGCGUUCACAUACCUCCGUCGUCGAUCCUGUGCAGAACAGAGCGGAGGCACAGCAGACGACGAACAUGUCCGCGGCGCAUCCGCCCGUAUCGCUCAACAGGAAAUCAUCGUCCUUCUUUCGCAGGCGGAAGAAGUCCACCUCGGGCUCGUCGUCGGCCCCUCCGCUGCCGUUGGCCAUCCACUCGCCCACGAGCAAUGCUGUCCUCUCCCUCAAGCCUCCGGAACCGAGCCCAUCGAUCAGCAGCCUGCGCAAGGCCAUGGGCUUUUACCUGUCCAGCGACACCCCCGCAUCAUCAUCGCCGAAGCUCGACGAGAACCUCCGACCGCAGACGAGCGAAUCCCACAACACCGACGACCUCGACAUCUUCCACCCCGGCUACAUCUCGCCGCCGCUGGACAGCUCGCUCCGCUCACUGUCCGAACAGGGCGACCGCGAGACACGACUGACGGCGGGGAAGCGGAAACCGCAGACGUUAUCCAUGCUCGGGGCGUCGGGCGCGGCGCGAGGCGAUCCGCUCAACCGCGACUCGCUGGCGACCAUCCGACAGAGCAAAGUCGACUACCCGGCCGUCUCUCCGCUGCUGGGGCCGGUGCCUUUCGAUAAAGAGACGGGGGACACCAGCAGCCGGCCGAGCACGGGCGAAAAGAUCAUCGCCGGCGUCAAACCGGGCGCCGCGUCGCCCGACGCCAUCCGCAGCUUCAGUGCCGGCACGGGCGUCAGUCUGGAGAUGAGCGACGGCGUGUGGAGCCCCUCGCAACACUCGCAGACGCCCUCGUCGCGCAAACCCAGCCGGGCGGACGGCGAGGGUUGGAGCCAGGACGACGUUUCGACCCUCGGCGACGCCGUGGGCCCCCCGGCCAUCAUGGCCGACGGAGACGGCGAUCACAACAACGCCCAGGCGCCCCAAGCGGAUUCCUCCCGGCUCGGAUCCGCGCUGACCCCGAUCAUCUCACGGCAAUCGAGCGCGGGCGACCUGGCCUGGACGGCCCAACUCAUCGACGAGGACAUCCAAUACAAGGUCCGCGCGAAGAGGAUCUUCGAGGGCGACGAGGAGGAUGUCAGCCGGGCCGAGGCGUCGGCCUGGAUGGGCGAGAACAACACGCUGAGCACCCGCACGCUCCAGGCGUACAUGCAGCUAUUCGAUUUCGCGGGCAUGAACAUCCUGGCUGCGCUGCGUGCCCUGUGCGGGAAGCUGCAGCUCCGCGGCGAGACGCAGCAGUUCGAUCGCAUCAUCACCGCGCUGUCCGCUCGCUGGUGCGAGUGCAACACCGCACACGGCUUCAAGGCCCAGGACGUCGUCCACACCAUCAUCUACUCCGUCAUCCUCCUCAACACCGACCUCCACCUCGCGGACAUCCAGGAGAAGAUGUCGCGGAACGCGUACGUCAAGAACACCCUGCCCACGAUCCGCCGGGUCGUGGCCGACGCCGCGCCCAACGCCUUCGACGAGACCCUCAAGCCGGGGUCCGCGCAGCACCCCCGACCGCACGCGCCGUGGAUGGACGGCAUCGCCAACUCGCCCAGCUCGCCGACGUUCAACAUCCCCGAGAUCAGCAUCGCCGACCGCCAAUCGAUCGACGCCGGCCGCACCUCGACCAUGGGCCAGAACAGCGUCCGGAGGCUCUCCAUGCGGCCCGGCGUGCUCCGCUCCGACUCGGAGAGCACGGCGGUGGAGCCCAGCUCCGACGGCUCGUCCAACGCGCUGGUCAACAGCCCCUGGGUCGGCUCCGUGCGGGGCUGGGAGAACGAGCUCGAGAGCGUGCUCAAGUCGUUCUACAUGGCCAUCGGCUCGAAGCCGCUGCCGCUGCAGGGCGCGAUGAGCUCCGACCUGCCCCCCAACGGGCGCAACCUGUCGGUCGUCGACCUCAACGGGAAGAUGACGCGCACGGCGUCCAUCGUCAGCCGCGCGCCGUCCGACAACAUGUCCUACCGGUCCAAGCAGGGCUUCGGCUCGCGGUGGGCGAACCCCCGCGCGAGCCGGUCGCGCCAGAAGCUGUACCCCGCCAGCACUGUCGGCUCCUCGCGCACGAGCCUGGAGGACAGCGGCAGCAUCUGGUCGCCCACGCAGAGCAGCAAGUACUCCUACAGCAAGACCCUGACCUCCGCCUCCGUCCGCAGCUUCGGGGUCUACGCCGACCCGUUCAAGCACUCGAUCGGCUUCGCCAACGCCCUCUCCCAGGCCAUCAUCCGCGAGGAGACCACCGUCGGCGCGAACGGCGCGAACGGCGGCGGCGGCGAGAGCGACUCCGCGUCGGUCACCGGCGGCGCCGCCGAGGACGACACCCUGGCCCUCCUGGGCGCGCCCUGGGCGAAGGAGGGCCUCGUCAAACACAAGCACCACCUCGAGACGACCGACCGCAAGGCCAAGGAGCGCAGCUGGGUGGACUGCUUCGCCGUCAUCAGCAAGGGCAAGCUCACCCUGUUCGCCUUCAACACGACCGGCCCGAGCAAGCCGUCCGGCCGCAAGGCCGUCUUCGGCGGCAAGUCCGGCAAGGCCGCCAGCGUCACCGGCGCCAAGGUCGGGGGAGGGGACUGGAUGGAGAACGCCGAGCAGCUCGAGGUCUUCGUCCUCCGCCAGACCAUCGCCUCCACCCUCCCGCCCCCGGGCUACAGCAAGACCCGCCCGCACGUCUGGGCGCUCAGCCUGCCGACCGGCGCCGUCCACCUCUUCCAGGUCGGCACCCCGGACAUCGCCGAGGAGUUCAUCACGACGUCGAACUACUGGUCCGCGCGCCUCAGCAAGGAGCCCCUCUCCGGCGGCGUCUCCAACAUCGAAUACGGCUGGUCCGACCGCGUCAUCAACCCGGGCGUGCUCGACCGCGACGGCGCCCGCAGCGUCGAAUCCCCGCCCGUCUCCCUCACCCGCCAGAUGGGCCACAUGCACAGCAUGUCGACGGACCGCAACGGCGGCGGCGGCGGCCGCGCCAGCCUCCAGUCCGGCUCCCUCCGCGGCAGCCUCGACACCGCCGGCUUCGGCUCCAACAAGGCCCGCCUGCCCGGCGACAAGAUCACCAUCGUCGACUGGCAGCCCCCCAGCCAGAGCAUGAUGGCCAGCCAGCUGAUGGAGGUCGACCAGCUCCGCCAGCUGACCGCGUACGUCAAGGGGUCGGAGGACGAGCUCGAGAAGCACAACGAGCUGAAGACCGCCAUCGAACUCGCCUACUCCCCCCGCCACCCCAACUUCUCCCGCGCCAUGACCAACUGGCAGCGCAAAUCCGAAUACCUGCUCCGCGAGAUCGUCAAGUUCCGCACCUACAUCGACAGCCUCGCCGCCGCCCAGAAGGUCCGCGACCAGUACUACGCCACCCGCCUCGAGGGCCGCCUGUCCCCCGUCGUCAAGAACGACGGCGCCGCCAGGGGCCUCCUCACCCCGAACUCGAUGAAGGACAUUCCCUCCCGUCUCUCGGCGCAACGACGACGACGGGAGAUAUUUCAUUUUGUGAUGAUACCCGUCGACCAAGUCAAGCGACAUCCACCAAAAGAAUUGCUCGGUACAUCACGUCCAGGAUCUCAUCGGGGAGUGAUCAAGGGUCUGCGGCGGGCAAAGUUAUAUGUAAAUCGCAACCUGAUCAGCCCGCCCAACGAACGAGUCAGAUGCAGGGCGCGGACAAUGCGAGGCGCGAAGAGAGAGAGCAUCCAUGGGAAGUCGCAGCAAUAUACGACCAUCAUAGCACUUUACAAGAAAGCACGAACGCCAAUUUGGAUCAGGAAGAACUUGCCUCUUCGGUCGACUCAGGACCUUCGACCAACCCAGAUCAUCGAAGCCCAUCGACCACAGCAAGUCCACCGGAUUCGCGCACCGACGAGCCCCUCAGCAGGGAAGAUGUCGUCAAGGCUCCAACUCGAUGUGAAUUUCACUCCCGACCUCGUCUCCGCCGAGAGCGGCGCCGAUAGCCCCCGGUCCAAAAUCGCCGAGCGCCUGAAAGAUCUCGACCUGCGACCCUGGGAUGUGCCCGCUCCGACAUUCAGGCCGACCGGCGCCGCCAAGACACGGGCAGAGUCUCCCGGACCCGCCCAGCAUUCCUCCUUCUCACCGCGAAAGCGUCGAAAGAGUGUCUCCAGUAGAUGCGACGGCCAGGAGGAGGACUCCGCCGAGGUUCCCCCUCUCCACAUCGAAUUCGCCUCGCCACCGCCACUACCUCAAAACGAACGCCCGGAACUACUCCCGAUCCACCUCCCUCCAACACAAGACACCGACAACCUCCCCUCCAAAUCCAAACGUCUCCACCCCUUCCCCUCCCCUUCGCCCAUGGACGAAGACUCCGACGCCGACUCCGAAGUCAAAGGCUACGGCCACCGCACCGCCGCCACCACCACGCCAUCCUCCCCCGACCGCGCCGCGCUCACCUGGAAAGACUCGGAGAUCACGGGGCACCGCAUCGACGCGGCGUCGGGCGACGACGACGGCGAGGGCAUCAACGGCAUCGGCUUCCGGCCCACGCCGGCGAUGGCGUCCGCCCGCCGGCAGAAGCGCCGCCAGCAGGUCAGCGAGUGGAAGGCGCGCGAGGCGCGCGACGCCCGGCAGCGACGCCUGGACCGGAGACGCGGCGGGGGCUCGAUCUCGCGCGAUCGCUCGUCGUCGGCGGCGUCCGGGGUGCGCUUCGAGGUGCGCGCGGGCGAGAUGCGGCCCGCCGGGCGCGUGGUGAGGUUCGUUUAG